AUGGAGAUCUUUGUCAAGACCAUCAGUGGAAAAACAACGGUCAUCGAGGUGGUGUCCUCUGACACGAUUGAUAAUAUCAAGGAAAAAAUUGAGGAGAAGGAUGGCAUUCCCCCAGACCAGCAACGACUUAUCUUUAACGGAAGACAGCUUGAUGCUGAGUGGACGGUUUCAGAUUACAAUAUUCAGGAGCAGUCCACACUGCACCUUGUCCUGCGCCUUGGUGGUCCUUGUACCAUUUGUUGUUAUAGGUAUAUUAAUGUGCAGAUGCUCGCUGGUAAGACCGUCAGCAUCGAGGUAGAUCCAACGGACACGAUCGACACUAUCAGGGAAAAGAUUUGUGCUCCCCAGAGGCUCUUCUUUGAUGGCAAGCAGCUUGAGGAUGGACGGACAAUUGCAGAUUACAAAUUUGAGAACAAUAUCACUCUGCACCUCGACUUUGGCAUGCAGAUUUUCGUGAAGACAACCAUUGGUAAGACCACCACUCUCCUGGUGGAGCCGUCUGACACGAUCGACGUCAUUAAGGAGAAGAUUCAGGGCAAGCAAAGGAUCAUCUUGGAUGGGAAACAGCUAGAUGGUAAGGGCACCCUUACUGAUUACAACAUUAAGAGAGGCUCCACCCUACACCUUCGUCCCUGCAAGCAUGGUGAGAUGCAGAUUCUUGUGAAGACACAAACAAGCGAAAACAUCAGGCUCAUGUUUAAACUUUCUGACACUAUUGGUGAUGUGAAGGCAAUGAUUCAGGAGAAGCAGAGGAUCAUGUUUGAGGGCAGGAAGCUAGACGAUGUGCGGUCUACCCUCACAGAUUAUGAUAUCCAGGAAGAGUCCACCUUACACCUUGACUUUGGCAUGCAUAUAUUUGUGAAGACACCCACGGGCAAGACCAUCACUGUUGACGUGGAUCGAUCUGACACAAUUGACAGCGUUAGGGAAAAGAUUCAUGGAAAUCAGAUUCUCCUCUUUGGUGGCAAGGAGCUUGAAAGUGGACAGACACUUGAGGAUUAUGAUAUCCAGGGAGGGUCAACAUUGCAUGUUUUCCUCCGUCUCCUUGGUGGCAUGCAGAUUUUCGUGAAGACAACCAUUGGUAAGACCACCACUCUCCUGGUGGAGCCGUCUGACACGAUCGACGUCAUUAAGGAGAAGAUUCAGGGCAAGCAAAGGAUCAUCUUGGAUGGGAAACAGCUAGAUGGUAAGGGCACCCUUACUGAUUACAACAUUAAGAGAGGCUCCACCCUACACCUUCGUCCCUGCAAGCAUGGUGAGAUGCAGAUUCUUGUGAAGACACAAACAAGCGAAAACAUCAGGCUCAUGUUUAAACUUUCUGACACUAUUGGUGAUGUGAAGGCAAUGAUUCAGGAGAAGCAGAGGAUCAUGUUUGAGGGCAGGAAGCUAGACGAUGUGCGGUCUACCCUCACAGAUUAUGAUAUCCAGGAAGAGUCCACCUUACACCUUGACUUUGGCAUGCAUAUAUUUGUGAAGACACCCACGGGCAAGACCAUCACUGUUGACGUGGAUCGAUCUGACACAAUUGACAGCGUUAGGGAAAAGAUUCAUGGAAAUCAGAUUCUCCUCUUUGGUGGCAAGGAGCUUGAAAGUGGACAGACACUUGAGGAUUAUGAUAUCCAGGGAGGGUCAACAUUGCAUGUUGAGGAUCGUCUUACUCAAGUUCAUGCGGCAAUGGCACAUUCACAAGCCUUUAUGCCGGAUGCUCUACUAAAGUGCGGCGGCGACCUAGCAGAGGACGAAGCGGUUGAUCUCCUACCGAGGUCCACACACAAAAUUCAAUCACGGAAAGAAUCAGGACGGAAAGCUGUAGUUUAA